AGACUGUGUUAUGCAUGAUGUGUGUAAUGAAUGGGUCCUUUUUCUGUUUUAGUGUCAUCCUUUCAUGUUUCUUAUUAAGGAUAAAUAUUGAGAUUUUGAACCAUUGUUGUGUUGGGGUUUUUUUUAUUUAUUAUAUAUAUAUGGUUAGUUGGUUAGUUUUGAUUGAUUAAGAUUAGGUCUGGUUUUGGAGUAUUGACGCCUAUAAUCUUCUUUUCUUUAUAUAAAUCGAGUGUGGGUUUUUGAUUUGGAGUUUAAGAAAUACAAUGGCUGAACUACCUCCUAAAAUACCCAGUAUCUCCCAAAAUUGGCCUUCUUUUCCUCAUGACAAGAUGCCUUCCAUGGCAAACUUCUUUCCCUCCACCAUCACCAACCACCCUUCAUGGGUGGACGAGUUCCUCGACUUCUCCUCCGCCCGUCGCGGCGCUCACCGUCGUUCCAUGAGCGACUCCAUAGCCUUCCUUGAACAACCAUUGGUGGAGGAAGAAUGCAGGGACUCCAAUGCCAUGCCCAUGAUGACUACCACGACGGUAUCAAAUUUAAAUAUGUUCGAUCGUCUUGACGAUGACCAGCUCAUGUCGUUAUUCUCCGACGAUGUCGCCGUCACCAUGGCAGCGCCUGCUCCAACGGUAUCUUCGUCCAAUCCAUCGACGCCGACGUCUAGCAACAAUGAGGAGAAAACAGCACCCUCAACGGAUCUGCAGCAACCCAAAAAUGAACCAGGGGAGGUCGAGAGCACACGCAAGCUAUCCGCCUCAGAAGCUCCACCAUCCUCCAACGGCGAUUCUAUCAUCGAUCCAAAAAGGGUUAAGAGAAUUCUGGCAAACCGGCAAUCAGCUCAAAGAUCAAGAGUGAGAAAGCUUCAAUAUAUUUCACAACUUGAAAGAAGCGUUACAACAUUACAGACUGAAGUAUCAGCAUUAUCACCGAGGGUUGCAUUCUUGGAUCAUCAAAGGUUGAUUUUAAAUGUUGACAAUAGUGCUUUGAAACAAAGGAUUGCUGCUUUGGCUCAAGAUAAAAUUUUCAAAGAUGCUCAUCAAGAAGCAUUGAAGAAGGAAAUUGAGAGACUAAGACAAGUCUAUCAACAACAACAAAAUCUCAAGAACAUGAACACCACAACCACCAACCGCCAUGCACUACCAUCACAACAACAACAACCGCCUCCGUCAUCUCCGCCACCGCCACAAAAUGAAGAACAACUUGAUCAAAGAAAAAGAGAGAGCUAGGGAUCCAAGGAAAGGCUACCAGAAGCUAUGGUGUAAAAUGAAAAAAAUUGAUUGAUUAACAUUUUUGUGUGUUAAUUUUUUGGGGGGAGGAAGGGAAUUGGUUUCGUUAUUAUUAUUGUUUUCAAAUUAAUGAUGAUGCAAAUAGUUUUAACUUUUUUUUUGGAGGGGGGGGGGGUUUAAAAAUUUGUAAUUAAAUGGGAGACAAAACAUGGUGGGGAUUUUAAGGUGUGGGGUUGUUGUUUUGGGAUGGAUGGGAAGAGUUCGUAUUGUCAGGAUGGAUGGGUUAAUGUCUGAUUGUUUGUCUAAAAGAAGAAAAAAUAAUUGAUUCUUGCUUUCAAUUUUUCUUUUUAAA